AUGCCUAAAGGUCACCGUACCGCCGUCCGAACCCAUUCUCGCACCAACUCAGCCAACCGACUACCGGUCACUGCUCAGUUCACGCAAAAGAAGAUUCCUCCGCCACGCCAAAGACCGCAACGACCUGGGUUCCACAUUGCCACCCACGCAGAUGACGAUGAUGAUGAGGAAGGAGAAGAUGAGGAGUGGACAAGCGAAAGUGGGGCGGUUACUCCGAAUCUGAAUGACGACCAAGACUCAGAUGGACCACCUGAAGUUCCUCCAGAGCUGUCUCGUAUACCAACUGCAAGGCCCGCGGACUAUUUUAUACCGUCAGAAAUAACGACCUCGAGAAUACUCGAUACCGACAGACUCGUUCAGGAGCCUCUAACCGCCCCGUCAUCACCGACUGCUAGUCGAAGACAUUCUCGGCCUCUGUCUACCCACUCUUUGCAUCGCCCUGAACUUCGCCCUCAUCCUCUUAUCCGUGGGCAGUCAUUUGGCCAGCCUUGUCCCGCACCCAAGCCAUCUCCGUUGCUCCCCGUCGCUGUCACUUUCGAUACCGACGUUCAUCUCAGCGCCUCUCCCUCCGUUUCAUUCUCAGACUCCCCCAUUUCACCACAAUCAUCAGGUCGGCGAACUUCGAUAUCUUCAGCUCGCUCUGUUGCUACUGUGGCAACACAUCAACCCCCCACCACCACCAAAAGCCGUCACCGCACCUUUUCCUCCUCGUCUGCAGUUACUUCCCUCACACACCUGCCUGCCAUCCAUCGGCCAGCUCCCUAUAUAACAACAUUUCCUGCGUCAGAUCCCCUCCAGGACGACCGAAUACAUCCACUCCUCCCACCUCCCUAUGUCGCCAAUCAUCUCACCGUUGUCUCUCGUCGUACUCCUAUACGCGAUGCUCUCGACCGUAUUCACCGCGCUAGAGACAUUGGCUCCCAAAUUGGCGUCGCGCUGACGACGUUUGGAGGGCUCUUUAUGCUGCUUGGGGUGAUGCUUUUUUUCGACGGCGCGCUAUUAGCCCUUGGCAAUAUUCUCUUUGUUUCUGGCAUAACUCUCAUCAUCGGGCCCAAGAAAACUUUCUACUUUUUCGCGCGCAAACAGAAGCUCCGCGGCUCGAUAUGUUUCGUUGGCGGCAUCAUCCUAGUGUUUCUCAAAUGGCCAUUCAUCGGCAUGAUUGUGGAGACCUUUGGCUUCCUGAAUCUCUUCGGCGACUUUUUCCCGGUCAUCGUGACUUUCUUGAGGCAGGUGCCAUUCCUCGGCACUGCUCUCUCAUUGCCCUAUAUCCGAGAUGUUGUCGACCGUUUAGCGGGGUCGCGGACCUUCGCCACGCCCAACGUUUUUUUGUCACGCGUCCACAUGAAGAUGGAGUCCUUCACCGAACUCCUUUUGCGCAGAUAUGACACGGUCAAGGCUGAAUACCCUUCUGAGCAUCACCUGGCCUGGGAGCUGCGGAUUCUUGCAGAAUUCUGGGCGUCUAAUCCUCAAUACACCCCCACGCCUCCAGGUUUCAACAGGCCUCUGGAAUGGGAAGAAGCUCCUAACCCCGUCUAUGAAAGAUUCGCUGGCCGGCCUGGCCGCUACGAGCUAGGAAUUCUGCUUCGCACAGACUACUCCAACCAUGAAGCCUGGGCUCAAUUCUACGCCAAGCUUCAGGAAGCUGAAGCCGAUGUCAGCAAAGAGCCCGUCCAAAUGGAUGACUCGGACGACGACUCGGACGAUGAGACAGAUAAGGCCAACACCUCAAUAAUCAAGGUCGUCAACCCCGCUUCAGAGGAGGACCGCCGCAUCCUCACUGGUAUCACAAACAUCACUGCCUUGCGAAUGUUCAGUGACGAAGUCGAUGUCCGUCCUCACCCGCAGUCGAUUUCCUCCAACCACCCCUUGAUCGAUGUGAACGGGCUCCAAGAGUAUUAUACCGGCCCUACCAUCUGGAUAUUCGACGCUGCAUCUAAUCUCGAUCAAUGCGCAAGGCUGGUUUACGGCCAAAGCGACGAGUUGCCUACUGCAGCAACUGGCGACAGCUGGCGUGCACGCGUCACUCAUCUCGUUCAACUUCAAAUAGAAAUCGGCCCACGAGGUACCCUCAUCACCUUUGGAGGGCAGGAUCGCUACGACUACAAUGAGCGGAAACGCAAUUUGGAGGAGGUUGGUCGGCAGCAGACAUAA